CGUUCCGUUCCGUUCGCGUCAAAUGGAAAUUACGCGUUCGAUAGAGAAGACGUUUUGUUUUGUGCUGCUGCUGCUGUUGCUGAUUAUCCGUCGCGUUCAAUAGUGUUCCGGAGUGUAUCAAAGAAAAAGAAUCUCUACGCUACGGCGGACAAAGUGAUUUGGGUUCACCGGAUCAAAAAUUUCCCGUGGUGAAACUAGAUUCUGGUCGAAAAGCAAUCUGGUGACUAGAACGCAAUAAGUUGGACUUUUCUUGUGAAGUGAAUCUUGGCACCUGGUUUACACACUAGGAUUGAAGUUUGCAAUCUAAGACCGUAGGAAAACCGAUAUAAGGUGUGUUCGAUCUCGUGGAAAGCUUUUGAUCGUGUGUGAAACGUUGCCAAGAAAAGUGUCGCGAAAAGAGUGGUAUAUUUUGCAUCUUCCUCCUGCUAAGGGAAGGCAUGGUGAAAAUCUCAAGGGCGUAGCAAUUUAUUACCAGGGCUAAAUAGCUCGUUGACGACGAAAGCGAAAGUGCGUUUCUAGCCCCUCAUAUUGGAGCUUUGGAGAAGUUUUAUCGCAAACGGGCAGGAAGUGGUGAAAAUGAAUAAAUUGCUUAUGAAAAGCGCGUUGUAAAUUUGCAUAUCGCAUAUAAAUAAGAAGAAAAAAGUAAAGCAAGUAAAGCCAGUGUUUGUUAUGUGAUAAGAGUGAUAACGACGCGACGUGGCGCACAGCAAAUGAAUAGUGAAUAAUUUCACAGUGAAAAGAAGACAUUUUUCGGUGAUAUUUUUGAUCACCGUUGUCAUCACCAACCAGCCGACCGGUUAGACGGUAUAGAGCUAUUAUAAGCUGCCGCAGUUACUACUUGAAUUCGAGGGAACGUCGAGGUGAAACGAGCAGAUAGGAAGGAACCACGAAACAUAAACAAUUUUUCGACAUUUGCGCAAAUAGACAAGCUCUCAGGAGCACAGACAGGCAGCCACCGUACAAUGGAGACGUUUGAGCAGAAAAGCAACAUCAAUCUGCCAGCAAAAUUUCCUGGUGCACCAAUGAACCCUUCGCUGAUGGACCACGGUGAGGAUCCACAUCCCAGUCUGUCCGAUUGGCACGAUUACGAACCGAACCUGGAGUUCGACGAUACAGAAUUGUCCCAAACGGCUCCGGAACCUGGGGGUACGGUGAUUUUCGAUGAGGACAAUUUUUCCGGCGAGUUCGAGGCAGUAUCUGAGGACGAAAUAAUCAAAACCACACUCGAUCCGGACAAUUACGAGGAACAACUGAAGAUGGUGGAGCCCGACGAAAAUGCCAUCCGAAAGGAAUUCAAACGUCGGAAGUUCAUCGAGUUUAUCGGAACCGAUAAGCACGGUCAGCCAAUUAUUGCCAUCUAUGCGUGCAGUUUGCCGGAAAGGAAAGACCUCAACACGAAUAUCUUUAUUGAUUUUAUCAUCAAAUCAAUGGAAGAGUUUGUCCAGAAUGACUACAUCAUCGCUUACUUCCAUCAGGGCAUGAAAGAUAACAGCAAACCGUCCCUGCAGUUUCUGUGGAACUCAUACAAAGAACUGGAUCGUAGUUUUAAGAAGAAUCUGAAAAAGUUAUACGUGGUGCAUCCAACGACCUUCAUCAAAAUGGUGUGGUUUUUCUUCAAGCCAGUAAUUAGCGAAAAGUUUAAGAGCAAACUCAUCUACACAUCCAGCCUGGACGAGCUGAAACAGUCAUUAGGAUUAAAUACGCUUAAAGUGCCGGACACUGUUAGAGAAUUCGAUGAAAAAAUCAACAGCAGCACCCGCUACACGCUACGGGGCAGUAAAUCUAGUCUCAAGAGCAGCCGCUCGAUGGAAAACAUCCCCAAGACGACGCAGUUUGGCGUAUCGCUCAAGUUCAUCAUCGAGAACAGUGCCUGCCUCAAUUGCAUUCCACCGAUCGUGCGCAAGUGCGUCGAUCAUCUAUCCCUGUCCGAUGUAAUCGAUACCGAGGGUAUCUUCCGGCGGUCCGGGAACUAUACUCGGAUAAAGGAGCUAAGGGAAAAGUUAAAUCAAGGCGAAGAGGUGAAUCUUUCAAACGAAGACACGCACGUGGUGGCAGCUCUGCUGAAAACGUUCCUCCGCGAGUUGGAAGAACCGCUGCUCACCUACGAGCUGUACGACGACAUCGUGCAGUUUGCCGAGUGGACCACCGAAGAGCAGCGAUCGAGGAACGUCAAGCAGAUCCUUCGGGAGAAACUGCCGGAGGAGAACUAUGAACUAUUCAAGUACAUCGUCGAAUUCCUAGGUAAGAUCAUGGAGCGAAAAGAUUUCAACAAAAUGACCUCGUCCAACCUGGCGAUCGUCUUCGGGCCAAAUCUGAUCUGGCCCAAGCAAGCCCAGAUGUCGCUGGACGAGAUCGGGCCCAUCAAUGCGUUCAUCGAUUACGUCCUGCAGAAUCAGGACGAUAUCUACUUUGUGGAUAUCAACAAAAAGGACGGCGGUUACGAUUAACAGCGGCUGAUUUAAGUUAAGUUGGGAUUCUCUGUGCGAACUUUCUUAUGUUGAUUGAUGUGCAUUUUCUAUUCGAUGUGUGUAUGAUUUUAUGGUGGGAGAUUUCCGGGAAUGGCAAAUAGCUUUGCUAUGUGCCAUUUUCGAAAGUGUACCUAAAGUAUCGUGUGUGCACAAAUGAUCGUUUCGAUUUUCUGUAUGUAUAGGAAUUUAAGUUCACUGAAAAACCGUACCUCUACAAUUAUGAAUUUGUUGUACGUAGGCGACUACUACUCGUGUAACUAAAACAAAACAUUCUUUAACGCUAGUGUGAUAGGAAGUGCGAGAUUUUAGCGAGAUGAGUUUGUAGAUAUCGGCGCGAAAGCGUAAGGAUUUUAACAGAUAAAUAUAGGGAAAAAAGUGUAAUUGCAAUCGCAGAAAGCACACAAUAAUAGUCAUUAUUAAAGUAAAUUGUUGGUUAUCUUUUUCGAAUAAUUUAUACAAAUAAGGAUUGAUUACGUUGUUUAGACAAAGGAAACACACAAAUUACGGAUCGAAACCAAAGACGAACGGAUGUAAAUAUUUCAGCAAUAUUACCAGCAACGCUCUUUAGAACGAAGGUUAGGCAGCUGAUUACGGCCCCCCCCGAGUCGCACAGGGGGGCACAUCUCAGGCAUUUCCGUUGUCUCUUUCCCCUUCACGAGGAGAGUUUCUGGUGUGCCAAAGGGAGCAUCCCAGAAACAAAAGAAAAUUCAAAUCACUACCGAACCGUAACAGUCUGAAACUGAUAUCAAUAGUUCUUCUCCACUCAAAUCUAAACAAUUUUAUCGAUUAGAUGCCAUUUAGAAUGGAACUGAAAUAGAGCUACUAGACCAGUCUACAGUUACUACUAUCCAUUUCGCUCAUCUUAGCUCUACGUAAAAGUUUUAACUACUAACCUGAACUAGUGGAUCCCCUUUCCCUGGAAUUCGCUCCCGGAGGAAAAGAACUUAAAACCAGAAUAUCUAUCGGAAAUUCAAUACGACUGUUGGAAAGAAAGUGGCAGCAACGCGCAAGGUAAUAGUAGGUAGUCGGCGAACUUAGUUUCGAAACUUAUAGAAGAAAGGUUAUAUUGUUCUCUAGAAAGCGCACGCAAUAUGGGUGGAUCCGAGUUGUAUGGGAACCGUGUCGUUAAAGUCUAUUAGUAUACAGUAAGUGAGAGGGGCUUCAAUGCGGAAGAAAUUGUACAUAACCUGUCGCUAAAAGGAAGCACUCGAUUUAUGGGAUGGUGAGUCUAGCGAAAAAAUAUACAAUCAUCUGACACAUAUGAA